AUGGCGAGUCUAUCGCUGCAAUUGCUAACUGUAUCCAUAAUUACAUUACAGCGACAAAUACAACACAACUACUACGGUAGUGGACAGACACCUGCGAACUGCACUCAAUAUGACUACAUAGUGGUGGGCGGCGGUACUGCCGGUUGUGUUGUGGCCGCACGACUGGCCCAGAAUCCAGCCGUUCAUGUAUUGCUUCUGGAGGCGGGCGGACCUCAGACUGUGAUCACAGAUAUGCCGGGAAAUACACUAUUUCUGGUGGGCGGGGAGUUUGACUGGAACUAUCACGUCGUGCCACAGACCAGUGCCGGCUUAGCCUAUCCUAGCUUCUUUAUCUCCAGAGGCAAAGUAUUAGGCGGUUCAUCGGUUACCAAUUGGGAUAUCUAUAACAGAGGCAAUCGUCGAGAUUAUGACAAUUGGGGGCAGAGUUAUGGUCUCAAUGACUGGACGUUUGAUAAGGUUUUGCCGUAUUUCCUAAUGUCUGAGAAUAACACCGAUGCGAGUGUCAGCGCCAACACUGCCUAUCAUAAUACGGGCGGACCUAUCAGUGUGUCGACCGAAACACUUCCCGAUCCGGUGGUCGUGGCCUUCAUGAUGGCCGCCAACAGUCUCGGCAUUCCUAUUGUAGACAUUAAUGGCGAACAACAGUAUGGGACAACAAUCGCUCAAAUGUUUUGGGAUAACAGCACCGGUAUUAAGUCGACCACAGCUAACGCCUAUAUUGAACGCUAUAAUCGCACUAAUCUUCAUGUCCUCACCCGAGCCAAUGUCCGCAAAAUACUUAUCGAUAGGUCAUCGGCCACUCCCAGGGCUUAUGGUGUGGUUUACAGUAGGAAUGGUGUCAACAAUUUAUUAGCAAUGGCCAGACGGGAGGUUAUUGUAAGCGCCGGCCCAAUAAACUCACCGCAAGUCCUCAUGCUAUCGGGUAUAGGCCCCAGAGAUCACUUGCAAUCGUUGAACAUACCAGUGCUGGCAGACCUACCAGUCGGCAAUAAUCUACACGACAUGGUGUUUGUACCGCUUUACUACCAGAUCACGAACGCCUCAUUCGUCGAUCCCUUACCCUAUUUUACGGUCGAAAAUCUGUACAACUUGUACACGAGUGCGAGCGGGCCGUUAGCCCACCACCCGGACGGCAUCACCUACUUGAACACUCGCAAAAACCAAAGGGGCUGGGAUUGGCCCGACUCGAUGGUCAUCUCUGUGGUCGAGUAUUUUGGCGACGAUUUGGGCGCAACUGUCUCUCAAUAUAUUAAUAAUAUUCAGCAAUGGACUGAUUACUGGCGCUCGUAUGUCGGCGGGUAUUAUAUGGCAUUAGAUCCUGUGUUAGCCCGACCUAUCAGUAGGGGAACCGUACGUCUGAAUAGUAGUGACCCCAACGGCCCGCCAUUAGUGGAUCCAAAAUAUUUGUCCGAAAAGCGAGACUUCGACACAAUUCUAGACGCCGUCCGCCUAACUGUCUUAAUAACACAAGAGGUGCCCUUAAGUGGUGUCACUGUCUUUCCUCCCAUCCCUGGCUGUCAGUUAUGCGAAAAUAAAUAUAUUUGCGAUCAAUAUCUCAGUUGUCACGUGAAACAACUGGCCAGAAGUUAUUACAACUUUGUGGGCACCUGUAGGAUGGGUGACACCAAUGAUGGGAUGGCUGUCGUGGACUCCCGACUGCGAGUGAGGGGUGUGUCUGGGCUUCGAGUGGUGGACGCGUCGGUGAUCCCGGAGAUACCCAACGGACACACAAACGCCGCCACUAUUAUGAUCGCCGAAAGGGCCGCACAAUUCAUCGUGGUGGACGCGUCGGUGAUCCCGGAGAUACCCAACGGACACACAAACGCCGCCACUAUUAUGAUCGCCGAAAGGGCCGCACAAUUCAUCGGUCAAGACAAUCGCUAUUAG